GUCACCCAACUCCCACGUGUCCUCUCCUCCAUCUCUUUAUAUUCCACCAUAUCCUCUCUCCAUGCAUCCACCCACCCACCACCACCAAAUCUCCUCCCUCCGCCGCCGCCGUCCACCGCUCAUACAUGGCUGAAAACACCUUCCGCGGCAGCUCCGAAGGGUACGCCGCCAACGCCAUGAACACCGUCAAGGACUACAUGGGAAUGAACAACAACUCCCCGGCAACGAAGGACCCCACCACCCAGCAGAUCAUCGCCGCCGCCGCCCUCUUCACCGUCGGCGCCGCCCUCCUCGGCCUCUCGGGGCUCACCUUCGCGGGGACCAUCAUCGGCAUCGCGGUGGCGACGCCGCUGUUCGUCCUCUUCAGCCCGAUCAUCAUCCCGGCAGCACUCUCUAUCGCGCUGGCGGUGACUGGGGUGGUGGCCUCGGGGGCAUUCGGGAUCACAGCCCUCUCAUCGCUGUACUGGCUGGCCAGGUACAUGCGGCGGAUGAGAGGGCCGGCCCGCGAGCAGCUCGAGCACGCGAUGUGGCGCGUGCAGGAGCACCCUGGGUGGCAGAAGAUCAGUAGUUAAUUAUGAAAGUCAUUACAUGUUUUGGUGUUAUUUAGGUAAAUUC